AACGUACAAUGAAUCCUUCUUCUACGCUUUGCAGUCGAAGCUAAGCAAACUACAAAUACUUCUCCUCCGCUGACGAAAAUUCCAAUUGAUCUCUCUACAAAGCCGCUCGCCCGCAACUUCUCAGAAACCGGUAGCUUCUCGAUUCGCAAUGGCAUCUGGAUCGUCUGGCCUGCCCAAUAAUUCUGCCUCCAAGGUGUUUGAUUUCGCUUCCGAUGAUAUCCUUUGCUCCUACGAAGACUACGGCAAUCAGGAGAAGUCUGCCCGGAGCCACUCUGAUCCCGCGGUUGCUUCCAAUUCUGCCAAGGAGUUCCACAAAAGCAGAAUGACGAGAUCAUCUAUGAUGCCUACUUCGGCUUACAUUCCCCCCGAAGAUUCUUCAUUUAAUCAAGAUGUUAUUGAUGCUGUUGAGAAGAGUAUGAAGAAGUAUGCGGACAAUCUCAUGCGUUUCCUCGAGGGGCUUAGUUCACGCCUAUCUCAGUUGGAAUUAUAUUGUUACAAUCUUGAUAAAUCCAUUGGAGAAAUGCGUUCUGAUUUGGUUCAUGAUCAUGGAGAAACAGAUUCCAAACUCAAAUCUCUUGAGAAACAUCUCCAGGAGGUCCACAGGUCUGUACAAAUCCUGAGAGAUAAGCAAGAACUUGCUGAUGCCCAGAAGGAACUGGCGAAGCUUCAGCUUGCACAAAAGGAAUCGGGUUCAGCUAACAAUUCUCAGCAGAAUGAGGAGAGAGCGUCUCAACCUGCUUCCGAUACCAAAAGGAGUGAUAGCCCUUGUGAAUUGCACGGGCAGCAACUGGCACUUGCAUUGCCGCACCAAGUAGCACCACCGCAAACUUCACAUACUACCAGACAUAUGGAGCAGCCACAACAGCCAUCCGUCCCGCCAAUUCCAUCCCAAGUUAUUACGCAAUCACAGGGAUACUAUCUGUCACCGACCCAGAUGCCGCUGUCUCAAGGUCAAUACAUGCCAUCUGAGUCUCAGUACCGGACUCCCCAAAUGCAAGAAGUUGCUAGGCUGCCACCACAACCUGCACAAGCUCAACUAAAUCAGACCACGCCGGUUCAACCGGGACUUCCAUAUCAGCAGCCGUGGUUGCCGCAGUUACCUCAGCAGACCCAACAACCACAGCCACAACAACCAUCUAUGCAACCACAGGCUAGACCAUCAUCAUCUGCUGUUUAUCCCCCUUAUCUGCCCAGUCAACCAAAUCCUACUUCCGAGAUGGUUCCAAAUAACAUGUCAAUGCAAGUGCCUUUCUCUGGAAUGACUCAAACAGUCGCUAGCCGCCCCGAGGGAAUGCCGUAUGGUAGCGGUGUUGCCAGCAGGCCAGUUCAGCCGCAGGCACCCGGUCAGCAUCUCAAGCCUGCAUUUUGUGCCCCCGGGGAUGGCUACGGGGUAAGUGGACCACACCCAUCGUUUGCCCCCGGAAAUGCUUAUGUAAUGUAUGACAGUGAAGGACCGAGGGGUCAUCCACCCCAACAACCUAUCUUCCCCCAAGGCGCUUAUCCUCCAUCCAGCUUCUCUCUCGCAAAUCCACCACAGCCUGCCAACACUAAUGUAAUGGUUCGUCCACCACAAGGCAUGCGCAACCCCCCUCCCUACAACGAGCUGGUUGAGAAACUGGCAAGCAUGGGUUACAGGGUGGAUCACAUUAUUAACGUGAUCCAGAGGAUGGAGGAGAGCGGUCAGCCUGUUGAUUUCAACGCUGUGCUCGAUCGACUAAACGGACAUUCCUCCGGAGGCUCUCAGAAAGGAUGGUAAAGGUGAGUAACCAUCUGAACCUAUCUAGUUGUCUGGAUUGGUUCUCGCAGAGAUCGAGACACUCGCUCAAUCGUCUUAGCCCAUCAUCGUUGUGAUCUAUCUAUGCACGACAUGGGUUGACUAUACAUCGCAUUAAAUUAAAUUCUCUAUGAAUGUGAUUGGAAUUCGGUAUAUAUUUGAUCAAGAGAUGCACAGUAUUAUUUGUCUGUCAUCUCUUUCCCAGCUUUCUUACAUAGUUGUUUACAUGGUUGUAACCUUAACUGCUGUGUUUUUCUGCAAGCAGAAACCUUGUUGGAUAUCUAUUGCAUUUGACCUUUAUUUUGUC